AUGGUGAUCCUACUGGCCUUGCUCAUAGUCAUGGGCUUACCGUUGGUGCAGACAGAUGGGAGCAUCAAGUGUCACUUGUGUGAGGCUGAGAACAGCUUCAACUGCUCAAAUCCGACAGACUGUCCUAAUGAAGACCAGUUCUGUGUGUUGGCUGCUACACGAAUUUUUGAACGUUUCUUCUAUGUGUCAAAGCAGUGCUCCCGAGUGUGUUCAACCCCUGUAAUUACGCACCCUACUGGGUCUGAACUAGCUGAGCCUAAGGAGUUUCUAAUGGAAAAACCCAUGCCCUUCUUAUAUGUAAGUUGCUGUAAAUGGAACUUAUGUAAUGAUAAGGGGCCACCCUCUAUCCAGCUAUUUAAGGAACAGCCUGGAAAAGCCAGUGAGAGAAGACAUAGAUACACUGAGCUAUUACUGCCUGGUUUCAUGGUCCUUAUUGCUAAUGGCCUCUCAGCCCUCAGCCUGCUGUAA